UGCCAGAAGAUUUUUGUAGACCAACUCGCCAAGCUUAUUUUUUUAUGUAUUCUUGUGAAUUUGAGUAUGGCUUAGGUGAGUUACAGAAUUCUUUACAGCACAUAGUAGUUUUUUUUUUAAGCUCCACGCGAAUGUAUGGAAAAAGGUGCCAACAUCAGAAUGACAUUUGCCAUUAUACGAACUUCUUUGGAAGUCUGCAUUCGGAACACCCAGGACAGGAUUCCUGCGUGUGAGAUGUACACGAGUAUUACUGUGAUUUCGCCAAGGUCACACCAUGUGUCCCGUCGUUUCGGUAUCUGAUUGGCCGAGGUACGGGUGUUGCACUCAUGGUGUGGCCGUUCUCUCAGCUCAGCAGCUCUCGGGAGGGACAUCUGUCAUUCGGUAUUGUGAAUGAACGUCUUUGGUUUUUGGUGUCGUGGGGAGAGUGAUCCAUUCCGUUCUAGCAGAGAAGAGAGUCCUCGUCUACAUCAUUAAAAACGAUUUUCUCCUUGAUGUCUGGGAAGAACCUCUCAGCGGAUAUUUGUGUUAUUGCGCUCUUUAUCUAAAUGUUGUAAGGACCAAUGUUGAUCUGUGGAAGAUUACCAAAGCCGGUAGAGCAGGUGGAAUUGCAUCAAUCAUUUCUUUAAUUGCUUUGGGUGCCACUCCAUGUCAAAUUUCUUAACACAGUCACAAAUUUACUUCUCCAUUAGCUUCUAACAGAUGCACGCUUGAUCAAAUACUUUUAUUAAACCAGGAAUGACAAAAUACGCUCUUUCUUUUUUCGCAGGACGUGUCUGCUGUUUCGCCAUACUAGGGAUGACCUCAAACACUGCAGCCCCAUCUCCAGCCUCGCCCGGGCCUGCUUCUGCAGCCAGGAACAGGCGGACUUGCGGGACGGACUCUCCCCCCGGCCGAGCCCCGACUCCGGAGAACAAGGAAACUUGCGCUCUCGCAGGACGCGAACUUUGUUUCAGGAACUUGAUUUUGAAAUCUCUUCACACCCCUUUACGAGAACAGGUGUCACAACGUCCCCGUAUUCACGCAGAGACUCGGCCGAAAGCCCUGUGAGACAGCAGUCCAUCGCGCCGCGGUUGGCCUUAUCAGGCGGCGGAAAGCUGCAGAAAAGCCCGGCCGAAAUAAAAUGAGCGCCUCCGAGCAGACGGCGCUGUGAAUCCAAGGAAAUCACAGGCCCAGAUACGCGGCGCCCAAGGUGUUUGUGCCUUGUUUGUGUUGUGCUUGGUGUUGUGCGUCAUCUUAUCCGUGCGACAGGAGGGUCGCUGCAACUUCAGUACCACCCCUUCCGCUUUCUCUGUGCCCCGCCGCCUCACCUGCUCGCAGGAAGCUGCAGGUUCAUGAUUGCUGAGAGAGGCGGAGACACCUGCAGUAACCUGAGCCCAGGGCGGAAGACUGCGCGCUCCUACACCGCACUAGGCGACGACUCUCCUCGGACCUGCAGUGUUUUUAAUCCUCGGACUAUCGCACCUUCGCGUCUUACUCGCUGGUUUUUCUUUUCAUUUUUGUCUGUUUGAGGAGCUCGGGCGCCCCACGGUAAAGCCCCACGCACGCCACACGAGGGGAGUCCUUUCUGCUGGGGUGUCUGGUGUCUGGAAGGGGACCCCUCCCUAGGCCUGCGCCAUCCCUCCCCCCCUCCCCGCCGGUCCGCGCCGCGGAGGUCGGGGGUCCCUACGGAGAGUCGGUCCCACCAGCUCUCCCGCCCGGAACCAAGGGCUCGCCGGGCCGCUCGCAGCAGGAGGGAGCGGGGAAAGAGCGAAGAUCGACAUUUUCUCGGAGGCAGCAAAGGAGGAAAGGAGCCAAAGGUGUUGUGAUUGAUCUCCGCCGAGCGGCUUUACCCGAAAGGCGAUGGACCCUCUGGACUCCGGGAUGCGCUACAACCCGAAGUCGGGGGACCGCGACUGGGACACCUCGCUGCAGUUCCUCCCGGCCGCGGACGCCAAGAAGGUGGAGAAGAGGAGGGGGCCGGGGAGGAAGAUGGCGAUGGCAGCCAUCGUCGUCUUUGCAGCUGUUGUCGCGCUCAUGACUGGCCUGCUGGUCUGGCACUUCCACUUUCGGAAGGAAGUGAUUGUCUGGAAGAUGUACAGCGGGUCACUGCGCAUCACGAAUCAGGUUUUUAUCGACGCCUACGAGAACCCGAACAGCACGGAGUUCAUGGAGCUGGCGGACAAGGUUGUGGAGGAGCUGAGGCUCAUCUACUCCAAAACCCCCGAGCUGUCGAAGCACCACGUGGCAUCCACAGUCGAAGCCUUCAGCGAGGGCAGCGUCAUUGCCUACUACCUGUCGGAGUUCAGCGUGCCCGCCGAGCAGGUGGAAGCAGUGGACAGGGCCGUGGGCAGCAUGGAGACGGUGGUGGCAAAACUGCAGCGCGGCUCGGGUGCCCGCCGACGGGUCAGCUCCCUGACGGUGGACAGCGUGACUUCUGGAGCCGUGGACCCUCGAAUGGCGCGGGACGCGACCAGAACACUCUGCCGGUACAGCCUGCACUCCCGGCCUGGCCAGACGUACACCCUGCAGUCCCCCGGCUUCCCGGACUCCCCCUACCCCCCCAACACCCACUGCGAGUGGCAGCUGCGUGCCGACCCGGGCAACGUCAUCACGCUGGAAUUCCUCACCUUCAACCUGGAGAGCGACUGCGGCAACGACUUCGUCAAGCUGUACGACUCGCUGGUGCCCCUGGAGAGCCGCGCCAUGUCCGAUUCUGAGCCUCUCAGGACGCAAGGCUGUUAUUCCUGGCUCCUGGGGGCCCUCUGGGACCUGACGCCCCGUCUCUCUCUCUCGCAGGUCCCCACUGAGAAGUACGUCAAGGUGCGCUUCUCGAAGUUCCUGCUGUCCGAGCCGGGCUCGAUGGCGUCUGGCAGAUGCCUGAAAGACUACGUGCUGGUGAACGAGGAGAAGCUCUGUGGAGAGAAACUGCCCAACACAGUGGUGUCCAGCCAGUCCAACACCAUGAAAGUCACAUUCUUCUCCGACAACUCCUUUGUGGACAGGGGCUUCUCAGCGCAGUACGAGGCCUUCGACCCCACUGACCGUGAGUCUCUUGACCUCUUGCCCCACACUGCUCCUGGACACCCCAGUGGGAUUCGUGAGUGGUGUCAGUCCUGCAGUAACAGGCGCGUUUCAGCAGAGACGGGGCCGGUCCGGACCAGGACUGAGAGCCGGUCCCUGAUGCUUCCUCACUGCCGUUGUCUUCCUCCCUGUGUCUGCCCAGCCUGUGAGAAGGACCAGCUCCAGUGUAAGAACUCGCUGUGCAAGCCCAAGUUCUGGAUGUGCGACGGGGUCAACGACUGCGGGGACAACAGCGACGAGGCCGCGUGUGAGUGCAAAUCCGGGGAGAUCAAGUGUCGGAACGGGAAGUGCCUCUCGGAGAAGAAGAAGUGCGACGGGUCGGACGACUGCGGGGACGGGACCGACGAGUCGGAGUGCGGCACGAGUGUGCAGGUGCAGUGCUCCGAGUUCACCUACCUGUGCAAGGACAAGGUGUGCAUCACCAAGCUGAACCCCGCUGACCGCUGUGCUGACCGCUGUGCUGACCGCUCCGCCCCCACAGGAACUGUGGCCUCGGUGCUGCAGAAGGCGGAGGUGCGGAUCAUCAACGACACGGUGUGCGACCAGCUGAUGUCGGGCCAGAUCACCUCCAGGAUGAUAUGCGCGGGGGUCCUGAGUGGGGGAGUCGACGCCUGCCAGGGGGACUCGGGCGGCCCGCUGUCCAGCGCGGAGACCAACGGGCGCCUGUUCCUGGCGGGGGUGGUGAGCUGGGGCGACGGCUGCGCCCGCCGGAACAAGCCGGGCGUGUACACGCGGGUCACGCAGUACCGCGGCUGGAUCAAGCAGCACACUGGCGUGUGAGGAGCCGGGACCGCUGGGCGCCUGGGCCCGGCUGUGAAGAACUUUUUAAAACUGGUUUUCAUUUUAUUUUAUUUUAUUUUAUUUUAUUUGUUGUUGUGAGGGGAAGCUCUACCACUUAUGAAUUUAAAAGGAUGUAAAUAAAUCUCGUGUUUCCGCUUGGCCUUUUUAACCACAGUGCUGUGUUCGUGAUUAGUUUGUAUAGCGGUGUUGUCGGGGGACCCCCCUGCGCCCCCGCGCCGUGGCGUCUGGGGCCCGAGCCGGCCUGGUCAUCGAGCUGCCUGCACAGAGGAAACGGCCCCGGAGCCGGGGGUCUCGCUGGACUGACCUGCUCUCGUGCUCUCGCUCGCCCCUCGGUGAGGCUCCUGAGCUCCGGCCUCCUGCUCGGGAUGGGGUCCCUGGUCCAAGUGUCAGAUGAGCCCUGCCCCAGGGAUUUCUCUAAAUCGUCCGUUCGUUUGCUGUUUUUAAUUUUUUUGUGUUCCAGCGUUGUAAAUAUCCGUCGGAGCUGGCACGUUUCGCAGUCGUGCGGCGAUGGGAGAUUAACGGUGCCACAGUGGCAAAUAAAUUGUUGGGUGUUUAGUGGU